GCUCCAGGCUGGCUGGGCAGGCAGGCUGACCGCUGCUGCUCCGCCACACGGUUCACAGUCAAGUGGAGUUUUGCAAGAGGCGCAUCUCACUGAGAGCUGUGCCGCUGGAUAAAACUUUUUUUUUAACCGCUUCAAAUUUUUUUCAAACGCGGCGAGCAAGGGUUCGGUCUCUGGGAGAAAGGCUACCGUGUGUUUUUUUUUUUUUUUUUACUGUUGUGUCAGGUAGAAUGAGAAUGAGCCUACUAGUUUGUGCCAUGUUGUAGGAACGUCCCAGGAGUUCUUUUAUGAAGCCGACACUUGCAGGUGACUGUCUGCUCUGAAGCCCAGGAUGAAUGGCUACGGUAACUCCACCCCUGCCUCUGGCAUGUUUGGCUCCUACUCCAAUGUGAAUGGCCAUGGCUCACAGUCUCCAGAGCCCCCAGAAAACAAAGCCAAUAAACCCAAGUCCAGUGCCAAAACCCUGUAUGACAAAUGGAAUCAGAGCUUCUUUCUGCAAGGAUUGAAGCAAAGAAAACACUACACCAAAACCAGCAUCAACAGUUUGACAGACACAUCACAGUACCAUGUGGAGCACCUGACCACGUUUGUGCUAGACCGCAAGGAUGGCAUGAUCACUGUUGAUGAUGGCAUCCGAAAGUUGCGACUGCUAGAUGCCAAGGGGAAGGUUUGGACCCAGGAAAUGCUGCUGCAGGUUGAGGAGAAGGCAGUGAGCCUCAUUGACCUAGAGACCAAGAAUGAGCUGGAGAACUUCCCUAUAGGGACGAUCCAGCACUGUCAGGCUGUGAUGAACGCCUGCAGUUACGACUCCAUCCUGGCUCUGGUGUGCAAAGAGUCAGGUCAAGGCAAGCCCGACCUCCACCUCUUCCAGUGUGACGAUAUUAAGGCUAAUCUGAUCCACGCAGAUAUCGAAAGUGCCAUGAUUGACGCCAAAAGUAGCGGCAAGGUGAAAAAGAGGCCAGACGCUCUCAAAAUGAUCCUGAAGAGUGAUGGGAUCAUCCCCCCACCUCCCACUGCUCCUGCCCCCGAGCCUCCUGCUGCUUUGAAUCAGGUGGAUGUAAAAAGCAGAGUGGCUGCCUGGUCAGCCUGGACAACUGAGCAGCAAGACUAUGAAAAACAAAGACGGUACUCAGAGGAGGAUGGAGCCGAGAUGACAGCUGCCAGGGUGGACCGAGAUGUGCAAAUCCUUAACCACAUCCUGGACGACAUUGAAUUCUUCGUCACCAAACUUCAGAAAGCUGCCGAAGCAUUUAAUGAGCUUUCCAAGAGGAAGAAGUCAAAAAAAGGCAAAAAGAAAAGCCCAGGAGAGGGCGUUCUAACACUACGAUCCAAGCCUCCGAGUGAGGAAGAGUUUGUCGACUGCCUCCAGAAGUUCAAGCACGCGUUCAAUCUGCUGGGGAAACUGAAGGACCACAUCCAGAACCCGAGUGCUGUGGAUCUGGUUCAUUUCCUCUUCACUCCUCUGAGGAUGGUGAUCCAGACAUCUGGUGGUGUGGAUCUGGCCAGGAGUGUUGUGGUGCCGCUGCUCAGCAGGGAGGCCAUCGACUUCCUGCACUCCUCAGGCACAGCAGAGGAGAGGCACCUCUGGGUGGCUCUAGGAGAGAGCUGGACCAAGUGCAGACUGGAGUGGCCUAAAGACCACUACUUUCCUCCUUGUGUGUUGCGUUUCCGUGACGGCUGGGAGCCUCCAGCACUGCCAUAUGUGGCUCAGUCUCGGGAGCAGGAGCUGGCCCAGCUGGCCGAGACUCUGGCCCAUGCUGAUAUCCAGAGGCACGAGGAGGUGAAGCACAGACUGGCCCAGGAGCAGGCAGCGGGGCAGCAUUUCCCCUCCACAGAUGGGUAUGCUUUCAGCAACUCAGCCUACAAACGCAUGCACCUCCUGGACCAGGACAUGGCCAUGGCUGCCUUUAAACAGGCUGUCAGCCGCCGCAUAGAUCGAAAUUUUGAUGCCGACAGCCGAGGCCAGCCAAAAACAUUUGCCAAAUCUAAAUAUGACUUUGUGGCAAGAAACAACACAGAGCUCUCGGUGCUCAAGGACGAGGUUGUUGAGGUUGUUGAUGACAGGAAGCAGUGGUGGAAGGUUCGUAAUGGCUGCGGGGCAUCCGGCUACGUGCCAAACAACAUUCUGGAAAUCACCAAAGCAGUGGACGUAACAGGCAGAGGAGAACCCAUCUAUAGCCAUACCAUACAGCUUAUGAUGCCAAAGAAGGAGUUUGAGUUGUUCAAGCAAUUACUGGGAGAGUUGAAUGAGAAACAGACAUCGAAGACAGACUUUGUACCCAGCAAACCAGCGGCGACGCCAAUGCCUCCAGUUCCCAUGCCCCCCCCUCCGGCCCCCGCUAGGCUCCCCACGCCACCGCUGCCUCCUCCGGCUGCAGAAUUCACCAAGCCGGCGGCCGACACUGUGGUGAGCCGUCAGAACAGCACAGCGUCUAGUGAGAAUGGCAGCGUCACCAUGAGGGAACACGCCAACCAGCGGCCCGCCCCUGUCAACCGCAGGAAAUCCAACAUGGAGGAGGUCCAGGAUGAGCUGAUGCACAGGCUAACUCUGGGCCGCAGUGCCCAAAAGAAGUUCCAAGUUCCCUCUCGUAGCGGCAGCCUGCCCUCCGUCAACAUCACUUACGACUCUACUCCAGAGGAGGUCAAAGCCUGGCUGGAGGUCAAAGGCUUCAGCCCAGUCACCAUCACCAGUCUAGGAGUGCUGACAGGAGCGCAGCUGUUCUCUCUCAACAAGGAGGAGCUGAAGACAGUGUGUCCAGAUGAUGGAGCCAGAGUCUACAGCCAGGUCACUGUCCAGAAGGCCGCUCUCGAGAGGAGUUCAGGCUCUGAGCUCCAGGAGAUCAUGAGGAGGAGGCAGGAGAAACUAGCAGCCAGUACCUGUGAUUCAGGGGUGGAGUCUUUUGACGAAGGCAGCACCCACUGAUCUGCCAGGGUACCGCAGCUACCUCUGGUUCAAAUCCCCAACCCGCUGUCUGUCGCCUUGUUCUUCCCAGGCGGCGUCCGACCAUGCCGAGUUUUUGGAGAAAAUGCGGCGCAGGCAGGAACUACUCAGCUCACCUCCAGAAGAAAACAAACUCAAUGACUUUUGAGGCGUCCACUAUGUGCAAAACUACACAGAGCAACCACAAGUGGAGAAGAUUCUGCCAUGUUUGCCUGAUGUUCAUGUGAAGUUUUGGAAUGGACUCUUUUCUGUUUGACUGAUGUAGUUGAUCAGAAGCGUUUUUGUAUAUCUUUGCUAUUUAAAAAGACUGAAGGAAAGCUGUGCAGCAGCACACUUCCUCAAGCAAAGCCUCUCAGUAUUUAUUGAGGAGAACGGCUGUUAGAUAGCUGCUGUGUUGAUGAUAUGUACAAAAAGUUUCAGAAAUCAAAUCGAACCAAAAAUAGAGAAUAUGGAUACUCAUAAUUUACUGACUAUUAAUUCGGAAGACAGUAGUUAAUUACAGACUGCUAACUAUAAUUGUCUACAUUUAUGAUUUGUUUGGCAAAAAUAAUUGAUAUUUAUAUACAUGUUCCUUUUUUAUUUUAUGAUUAUACCAAAAGAAUAUCUUAAUAUAACUGCUAAUAGAACUGACAAACUGAAAGUGAAGAGGUGAAAAUUAUUAUUCCUUUCCAUCAAAUGGACUAUAACUUUAAUAAUAUCUAAUUUAUGAACAUCCUACCAUUUAGUUCAAUGAUUUAAAGUCGCUAAGCAAUCACAGUGGAACAGAUUUAUUGUACAACUCUAAGAUGACAUCAUUAGAUUUGCUUAUUAGCGUUUUUGCACAGGAAUAUGUAAAUGUAUAUUUACUAUCGAAGUGAAUCGAGAAUCAGUCCUCUGAAGUGAUUAUUGCAGCUUGGUGUUUGUCAGCGACCAUGGAUUUAAGGAAAACGGGAACAAGCUGGUACUGUGAACGUUCUCUGUACAGACAUGGACUGCAGCCACUACUAACCUGUGUGUUGACUUUGUCUUAAAGAGUUGAAAGCUGGAAUGUACAGGCAUAAACUGAGAGCUGUGUGUGGAAAUGAAAUAUAUACAGUAUAUUCAUCCAAAUACCGCAAUGAAUGUAGUCCAGUGACACAGUGAUGUGAGGUAUCUGAGCAAGUGUAAAGGAAGACGGGGGAGACUGGGAGGUAGUCCUUUAAGUCAGUGUGUUAAAGCAGGAUGUAACAGAGUGUUGGGCUGUACAGUUACCUGGACGUUAUGAGUCCACAUGGUGGUCAGAUCUCAUCAGCUGCUCUGUGCUCCCCUGGACUGCUAAUCCACAAUACUGGACUUCUAUCUCUCCAUUUACCUCCAUAGUGCAGCAAAACAGCUCCCAAAAUGAUUCUUGUACAACAUGAAUGAACACGGGCAAAGUGGAUCAUGUCAAUACAAAAAACAACUAGUUCCGGUACCCAUUUUUUUAAGGAAAUUAAACAGAUCUUAAGUGAUUAUUUUCCUAUUUGAACUGGAAAGUAGAUCUGGUAGGUAGCAUCUACGGGAAACUUAUGCAUGAGAUCCUUGCACCAGGAAGAAUUAAACACAAUUACAAACAAUUGUAAUUACAUGAAAAAAUGAGUACUGCGACUUUAUAUAUAUAUAUAGGCAUCAUCCUCUGUGUAUUUGUUUAUGUGCUAUAAAUAUUAUUUUAGCAAACAUUUGCGGCACUAUGGAGGUGAAUGGAGAGCUAGAAAUACAGUAAUCUGGAUUAGCCGCCCAGGGAAGCACAGAGCAGCUGAUGAGGUAAUCAGGUAACUGCUCUACAUAACCCAACAACACGGUUAGUUUGUUUUAAACAUCAAAAUCAUCUUACAUCACCCAGUAGAUGUUUGGCUAACAUGCUGUUUGUGCUCGUCUGUACACACACACUGUUGAGUGAUACUGAGAACUCGUCCAAAGCUAAAUGUUAUGUUAAGUGAUGUGUGGCAGUUUUAUGGAGGUCAGUCUUCUUGCUUUGGACAGGGCCACUGUGCUAGCAUAUGUUUUAGCAUGUUAGCAUGAAGCCGUCAAUAACUCAACAGUGUAUGCUAAAGUGUUAGCAUGGCACUCGGGAACCAGUGAUCUACUGGACACGGGAAGGAUUUUGGUGUCCAUGGUCUCCCUCAGUUAACAAGGAAGUUGACCAACAGACCGGUCUAAAAGGAAAUUUGUGCAUUCCCUUAAACAGUUGGAAUCCAAAGUUCCUGUUUUUUUUUUUUUUUAAAUAGAUAUUCUACCCUGUAAUUGUUAUCUUGCGACAUCGAACCCAAUCAAAAGCUGCUAAGAAUUUUGGUGACUGCUGGGGAAGUUUUUCACAGAGAGGAAAUGCCAUAACUGUGUGAAACAUUAGUUAUCCUCCAACAUGGAGAGGAAGCUAACCACAACCACUAGAUGGAGCGAUUGUCAUAAAGCACACGUGUGACGUCAUGUGAACGCCUGUACGGAAGAUGUACAGAAAAGUAAUUGACAAGUAUGUUUUUUAUGCUCAAUGUGUCAUCAAUUAUUUAGAUUUUUAGAUUUUGUUUUUUUCAGUUUUGCUCUUAAUCUCAUGGGCCAUUUUCUUGACGAGGUUGAGAAGGCAUAUUAACCUGUGUGUGCUGUGACAGGCUCAACAGAGAAGGAAAGUGAAUCUGCUGCUCUCUGUUAGGACAGUAGGUCAUUGCCAGAUGCGUAGCACAGCACUGUAUGAUGUUAAUUAUUAACGCUAAAUAGUCGGCUGUAGAAUAGUCCACUUGAAGAUUUAUGGUUAAUUUCUCUUGUGUAAUGGGAAUGAAGGCAUAAAUAUGUAGUUAACAGUCCUGAUACCGAAAGCAGUUCUUGGUGUCAAUGAAAAAUAUAAGUGAGAAUUCAUGGCAGUGCAAAUUGAAAUUGUGUAUAGUUUUCAUGGUGCCUUUUUCACAUAAAUAUGCGAAUCCUGCAAUAAACACUGUUCCAAAAAACAC